AUGAUGCUGCUGCUAAUCCUUGGCUCCUACAUUCUUGGAUUCAAGCUGAUGGCUCGGUACUUCAAUUACGGUAUGCGUCUUGGCGGAGACAUUCCGAAUGGUCUAACCAUGGCGCACAAAUCGUCUUAUGAAUCACCCCUGAUAGUAUUCACAUGCCAGAGGGCAAGCUACCUUCGAACCACGCUUACCGAUAUUCUCAAAUACAUUCCUCGUCCGUGUACCUUUGGGUGCCCUGUCAUUGUUUCACAGGAUGGAGAGAACUCCGAUGUUGAAGCAGUGGUCAGUGAAUUCCAAAAAGAAUUUGCUUCCAUUGGUAUUCCUUUGAUUCAUAUUAACCACAAACGAGCCUUGAAAGGUGCCGAGGGUGCGUACCAAGCUCUCUCAAAUCACUACGGGUGGGCGUUUUCUCAAGUUUUCAAUGGAAGGAUCAAUGCGAACUUACCUAUGCCUCAGCGAAUCAUCGUUUUAGAAGAAGAUUUGCACAUUGCUCCAGAUUUUUUCGGAUAUAUGGCAGAAACUUCGAAGAUACUGGACAAGGACUCGACGCUUUUCGCAGUUUCAGCAUUCAACGACAACGGCCACUUAGUCAACAAUCCAGAGCGGGUACUGCGAAGUGACUUCUUCCCAGGUCUUGGGUGGAUGAUGAAAAGAUCAUUGUGGAAAAGUGAGCUCGAGGCAAAGUGGCCAGAAGGAUACUGGGAUGAUUGGUUGAGAGAACCAGCUCAGCGUAAAGGCCGACAAAUACUUCGGCCAGAAUUCAGUAGAACUUAUCAUUUCGGGUUUCAUGGAGGGGCAAGCAAAAAUCAGUUUGGUUCGAUUCUGAGACGAGUGCGGCUAUGCGAAGAAUUCGUGGACUGGGCUAAAGUAGACCUUUCCUACUUGGAGGAAAGGGCCUACGCGAAACUCUACUUGUCCUUGUUGGACCAUUCAGUCCAUGCGCAAUCAAUCAAGGAAGCACGAAGGGCACUGAAAAGAAACAAAAAUGUCGUUGUAGAAUAUUCUGAUUUUGAUGAAUUCAAGGUGCUGGCUAGGAAACUUGACAUAAUGGAUGAUGAAAAAGCAAUGGUUCCUCGUACAGGGUACAAAGGAAUUGUCGAAGUCAGGCCAUUCGAAGGAAGCCUUCUUUUCCUUAGACCAUCAAUAUAA